AUGGGCAACGGGGAAGCAGACAACACGAAAGCUAGUAGCGAAAUCCCCCUCCAGGACGUGGAGAAGCAACUGUCGUCGUCUUCCAUCCUCAACAACGAUGAUGUUCAAUCUCUCAGCUGGCACGACCUUCGUGUCACCGUCAAGGAUCGUACGACCGGCCAACCCCGUGAUAUUCUCCACGGUGCUUCUGGUCUUGUCCGUCCAGGCGAGAUGAUGGCUCUCAUGGGUGGAAGUGGUUCGGGCAAGACCACCCUGCUCAACACACUUGCUCAGCGYCAGACCGCAUCCGUCUCCGGAAAGGUGAUGAUCAACGGCGAGGAGUGCGGUCUUGAUGUUCAUCGCUCAGUCAGCUCCUUUGUGGAACAGGAAGAUACGCUCAUCGGCUCCCUCACCGUGGAGGAGACGCUGUGGUUCGCCGCCAGACUCGCUCUCUCAAGAAACGUCACCAAGUCGGAGGCGAAGAAUCGUGUUGCGAAGCUGAUUGAAUCUUUUGGAUUGGGGAAGCAACGUGACACGCUCAUCGGCACUCCAGUUCAAAAGGGAAUCUCUGGUGGACAGAAGCGACGAGUCAGCGUCGCCACUCAGCUCAUCACCGGCCCGAGAAUCUUGUAUCUCGAUGAACCAACGAGUGGACUGGACUCCGUCGCCAGCUACGAAGUCAUAAACUUCAUUCGCAACAUUGCCCGGGAGCAUGGAUUGAUCGUCAUUGCCAGCAUUCAUCAACCCUCCACCAAAACAUUUGAGCUGUUCUCAAAGGUGAUGCUCCUAUCUCAAGGUCACACUUGCUACAAUGGUACCGUCGCCGAAGUCGAACGCUUCUUUGAAAGCCUCAAAAUGCCCAUCAUCGGUCACAUAAAUCCGGCGGAACAUAUCCUAGACUUGACCAAUGUGGAUUUCUCCAAUUCACACAUGCAGGAUCAAGCGCGCCUGGACAACAUCUUCGAAGGCUGGACCAAGUCAGAGCACAAUCAACAGCUGGAGCACGACAUCAAAACACUAAGCGGCAAGCAACUUCACUCCAAUAGGCCGACACAAGGUCCAUCAAUGUCAGCUCAAAUCAUCACAUUGCUCCACAGAUCCUUCAUCAAGUCCUACAGGGAUAUAGUCACGUAUUGGAUUCGUCUCGCAAUGUACAUGGGUCUGGCAUUUAUGAUGGGUACGGUGUGGCUACGAUUGAACACCGACCAACAGAGCAUUCAGCCAUUCGUGAACGCAAUCUUCUUCGGCUCGGCCUUUAUGUCAUUCAUGGCCGUCGCAUACGUUCCUUCCUUUAUCGAGGACAGGGCCAUCUUCGUGAAGGAUCGCGCAAACGGCAUCUACGGGCCAACAGCAUUCCUCAUUUCCAACUUCCUGAUCGGCUUGCCAUAUCUUUUCAUGAUAUCCUUAUGUUUCUCCAUUGUGUCAUAUUGGCUCAUCAAUCUACGACCUACUGCCGGUGCUUUCUUCACCUGGGUCAUGUGGCUAUUUCUUGACCUACUCGCAGCAGAAUCGCUUGUCGUGCUGAUAUCAUCAAUCUUCCCCAUUUUCGUCGUGGCUCUCGCUCUGAUUGCUUUCAUCAACGGUCUCUGGAUGAGUGUCGGUGGUUUCCUCGUCUCAACGCCAAUCCUCAACGUCUUCUGGCGCUACGUCUUCCACUACAUCGACUACCAGGCCUACGUCUUUCAAGGAAUGAUGGUCAACGAAUUCAAGAAUCGAAGCUACGAUUGCGAAACACUCCCCAGUGGAGAUUGCCAAUGCAUGUACCCAAGCAGUCUUCAAUCUCAAUGCAAGAUUGCUGGCACCGCUGUACUGGACGAAUACGGAUACUCACUAGGGAAGGAGGGUCAGUGGGUCGGAAUCAUGAUUGUUAUUAUUGUUGUGUAUCGCCUUCUCGGUUGGGGCGUGACCUGGUACCGAAAGACAUGA